AAAAAAGAAAAAAAAAAAAAAAAGCAAUCACAUCUCAGAUCUACUACCACUCGAAGUCUGCCAGCAUUUGCCUCCCUCGCCUCUAUAAAUAACACAAAACACAGACUCCAUAAUUCGUGCCGUUCUCUUCUCUCCCUCUUCUCUAUAAGGACUCGAAGGAACCAGUCUCACUACCUCCGGUUCUAUAUCCGAAAGAAAAAACAGAACAAUGGCUUCUCACAUUGUUGGAUACCCUCGUAUGGGCCCCAAGAGAGAGCUUAAGUUUGCAUUGGAAUCUUUUUGGGAUGGGAAGAGCAGCGCUCAGGAUUUGGAAAAGGUAGCAUUUGAGCUCAGGGAAUCUAUCUGGAAGCAGAUGGCUGGUGCUGGGAUCAAAUACAUCCCCAGCAAUACUUUCUCUUACUAUGAUCAGGUGCUUGACACCACAGCAUUGCUUGGGGCUGUUCCACCCAGGUAUGGCUGGAACGGUGGUGAGAUUGGAUUCGAUGUGUACUUCUCCAUGGCCAGAGGAAAUGCCUCUGUCCCUGCUAUGGAAAUGACCAAGUGGUUCGACACCAACUACCAUUUCAUUGUCCCUGAAUUGGGACCUGAUGUCAAAUUCUCUUAUGCUUCUCACAAGGCAGUGACUGAAUACAAGGAGGCCAAGGCGCUCGGAAUAGAUACAGUUCCUGUCCUUGUUGGCCCUGUCUCUUACUUGUUACUUUCUAAACCUGCUAAGGGUGUGGAGAAAACCUUUUCUCUUCUCUCCCUUCUUGGAAAGAUCCUUCCAGUCUACAAGGAGGUUAUUUCAGAGCUUAAAGAAGCUGGUGCAUCCUGGAUUCAGUUUGACGAGCCUACGCUUGUUAUGGACCUUGAUUCUCACAAAUUGCAAGCAUUUACUGAUGCCUACUCUGAGCUUGAGUCAACUCUAUCCGGCUUGAAUGUUGUUGUCGAGACCUACUUUGCUGAUGUACCUGCUGAGGCAUUCAAGACCCUCACAUCUUUGAAGGGUGUCACUGGAUAUGGUUUUGAUUUGGUUCGUGGAACUAAAACUCUUGACUUGAUCAAGAGUGAUUUCCCCAAGGGGAAAUACCUAUUUGCUGGAGUGGUUGAUGGAAGGAACAUCUGGGCCAAUGAUCUUGCUUCUUCUCUCAGCACCCUUCAGGAACUUGAGGGCAUUGUUGGCAAAGACAAACUUGUAGUCUCCACCUCUUCCUCACUUCUGCACACUGCUGUUGAUCUCGUCAAUGAGACCAAGUUGGACCAGGAAAUCAAAUCAUGGCUUGCAUUUGCUGCCCAGAAAGUUGUUGAAGUGAAUGCAUUGGCCAAGGCCUUGGCUGGUGAAAAGGAUGAGGCUUUCUUCUCUGCUAAUGCAGCUGCUCAGGCCUCAAGGAAGUCCUCCCCAAGAGUGACCAAUGAGGCUGUUCAAAAGGCGGCUGCUGCUUUGAGAGGUUCUGACCACCGCCGGGCUACAAAUGUUAGUGCUAGACUAGAUGCUCAACAGAAGAAGCUUAAUCUCCCAAUCCUCCCAACUACAACUAUUGGGUCCUUCCCACAGACCAUCGAACUCAGGAGAGUUCGCCGUGAAUACAAAGCAAAAAAGAUCUCUGAAGAGGAAUACACUAAAGCUAUCAAGGCGGAAAUUAACAAAGUUGUCAAACUCCAAGAGGAACUUGAUAUUGAUGUUCUCGUCCAUGGGGAGCCUGAGAGGAAUGAUAUGGUUGAAUACUUUGGAGAGCAGUUGUCAGGUUUUGUCUUCACAGUCAAUGGAUGGGUGCAAUCCUAUGGAUCACGGUGUGUGAAGCCACCAAUCAUCUAUGGUGAUGUGAGCCGCCCCAACCCAAUGACUGUUUUCUGGUCCUCUACAGCUCAGAGCAUGACUGCCCGCCCAAUGAAGGGAAUGCUUACAGGCCCUGUAACCAUUCUCAACUGGUCCUUUGUCAGGAAUGACCAGCCCAGAUUUGAGACAUGCUAUCAGAUCGCUUUGGCAAUUAAGGAUGAAGUGGAGGAUCUUGAGAAGGCCGGUAUCAAUGUUAUCCAAAUUGACGAGGCUGCUCUGAGAGAAGGGUUGCCUCUUAGGAAGUCUGAGCAAGCUUUCUACUUGGACUGGGCCGUGCACUCCUUUAGAAUUACCAACUGCGGAGUACAAGACACCACCCAGAUUCACACUCACAUGUGCUACUCCAACUUCAAUGACAUUAUUCACUCAAUCAUCAAUAUGGAUGCUGAUGUGAUCACCAUUGAGAACUCUCGAUCCGAUGAAAAGCUUCUCUCCGUCUUCCGCGAGGGAGUGAAGUAUGGUGCUGGAAUUGGCCCUGGUGUUUAUGAUAUCCACUCUCCUAGAAUACCUUCAACUGAGGAGAUUGCUGACAGAAUUAACAAGAUGCUUGCGGUUCUCGAGAAGAACAUCUUGUGGGUUAACCCUGACUGUGGUCUCAAAACUCGCAAGUACUCUGAGGUCAAGCCUGCUCUAAAGAACAUGGUUGCUGCAGCUAAGCUACUCCGCACCGAGCUUGCCAGUGCCAAGUGAGUUUUUCAAGAUACAGUGGGAGUGUAAUCCUCCGAAAUGGGUUGAUUCUUACUGAAAGAGAAAAAAUGGAAUACUAUUGAUUCAAUAACUGUGUUUUAUGAUGAAAUACCUAGUAGGCACAAUAUGCCCAGAGGGCCCUGAUUUUUUUUUUUCUUCAGCUUAUUUUUCUCUCUUUCAAUAUUUUGUAGUUUGUUUUUGCCUCUAAUUUGUUUGAAAGGCAUUGCAAAUUUGCAAUUUGCUUAGUGUACCUUGCGAUGGAAAUCAAUUGAAUGUCAUUACCAUUUUGUGCAUUAA